UCAAGAGAGGGGCCUGCCUUCUCUUUUCUUCUCCCGUUCAUCCCCCCGCGUGCGCGCGCUCUCGCGGCGACGACUGGGCGACCUCAGCCGCCGCCCUGAACCAGGUGCCCAGGUCCUCGUCAGGAACUUCGCCGGCGACGAGCACCCGCCCACCAGAAUGGGGAGCAGCGAGAAGACCGUCAGCACUUAUGGUGAGUACACCUAUGCUGAGCUGGAGAGGGAGCCCUACUGGCCCAGUGAGAAGUUGAGGAUUUCCAUUACUGGGGCUGGUGGUUUCAUUGGAUCCCACAUUGCUCGCCGUCUGAAAAGCGAGGGCCAUUACAUCAUCGCCUCUGACUGGAAGAAGAAUGAGCACAUGACUGAGGAUAUGUUCUGCCAUGAGUUCCACCUUGUUGACCUCAGGGUCAUGGACAACUGUCUGAAGGUUACCCAAGGCGUCGACCAUGUAUUCAAUCUUGCUGCUGAUAUGGGUGGCAUGGGGUUCAUCCAGUCAAACCACUCUGUCAUCAUGUACAACAACACCAUGAUCAGUUUCAACAUGCUUGAGGCUGCACGCAUCAAUGGUGUGAAGAGGUUCUUCUAUGCCUCGAGUGCGUGCAUUUACCCAGAAUUCAAGCAGCUUGAGACAAAUGUGAGCCUGAAGGAAUCUGAUGCCUGGCCUGCUGAGCCUCAAGAUGCCUAUGGCUUGGAGAAGCUUGCAACUGAGGAGCUCUGCAAGCACUACACCAAGGACUUUGGCAUCGAGUGCCGUGUUGGCCGUUUCCACAACAUCUAUGGCCCCUUCGGAACAUGGAAAGGUGGCCGUGAGAAGGCACCGGCUGCCUUCUGCAGAAAGGCUCAGACAUCUACCGAGAGGUUUGAGAUGUGGGGCGAUGGCCUCCAGACACGGUCCUUCACCUUCAUUGACGAGUGCGUUGAGGGUGUCCUGAGGCUGACCAAGUCAGACUUCCGUGAGCCGGUGAACAUCGGGAGCGAUGAGAUGGUGAGCAUGAACGAGAUGGCCGAGAUUGUCCUGAGCUUUGAGGAUAGGAAGCUGCCCAUCCACCACAUCCCUGGUCCCGAGGGGGUCCGUGGGCGCAACUCUGACAACACCCUUAUCAAGGAGAAGCUAGGCUGGGCCCCGACAAUGAAGCUCAAGGAUGGGCUGAGGUUCACCUACUUCUGGAUCAAGGAGCAGAUCGAGAAGGAGAAGACGCAGGGUGUUGACAUCGCGGCGUACGGGUCCUCCAAGGUGGUGUCGACGCAGGCGCCCGUGCAGCUGGGCUCCCUCCGCGCCGCCGACGGCAAGGAGGGCCUCUGAGGCCAUGGACUGUGACUGAUGGCUUUGCUUGGUUCAGCACUGCAUACACACGGAAUUGUUGGAAGAUAGAGUUUUGGCAGCAACCAUACCGUUUUGCCCCUUCUGAGAUUGGAGACGAUCUUGUUCUAGCAUUCAGCGCCCCAUUAUAAAUUUUGGUGCCAUCUUGUUAAUUGCAUGUAUGUGUUCACUUUCAGUCUUUCACCGUUGUACUCCUUUCAUCCUCUGGACAAUGAUGGACAACAAAAUUCAAUCCCCUGUGCUUUACACUUUACUGUGCAUGUUGUACAAUAAAAAUCCUGUUCUUUUCCA